AUGCAAGCGGAGGAGCCCUGCGCCCCCAAAGUCCCCGAAGCCCCUUGUGCCCCCGACGCCCUCGGUGUCCAGGGAGCCCAGCGGGCGCCCAGCCCCGAGCCGUGUCUGUCCAGCCAGUUGCUGCCCGAGCUUUACACUUUCGUGGCGCGCGUGCUGUUCUACCUGGCCCCUGUCUACCUAGCCGGCUACCUGGGGCUCAGCAUAACCUGGUUGCUGCUGGGCGCCUUGCUGUGGAUGUGGUGGCGCAAGAACCGCGACGGGAAGCUCGGGCGCCUGGCGGCCGCCUUCAAAUUCCUAAACAACGAGCGCCAGUUCAUCAGCCGCGAGCUGCAGGGCCAGCACCUGCCCACCUGGAUCCACUUCCCGGACGUGGAGCGGGUCGAGUGGGCGAACAAGAUCAUCUCCCACACCUGGCCCUACCUAAGCAUGAUCAUGGAAAACAAAUUCCGGGAGAAACUCGAGCCCAAGAUCCGGGAGAAGAGCAUCCACCUGAGGACCUUCACCUUCACCAAGCUCUACUUUGGACAGAAGUGCCCCCGGGUUAAUGGUGUCAAGGCCCACACUAACAAGUGUAACCGAAGACAGGUGGUCCUGGACCUGCAGAUAUGCUACAUCGGGGACUGUGAGAUCAGUGUGGAGCUACAGAAGAUACAGGCUGGUGUGAAAGGGAUCCAGCUGCAGGGCACACUGCGGGUCAUCCUUGAGCCCCUCCUGGUGGACAAGCCCUUCGUGGGAGCUGUGACUGUGUUCUUCCUACAGAAGCCGCACCUGCAGAUCAACUGGACAGGCCUGACCAACCUGCUGGAUGCACCAGGAAUCAACGAGGUGUCAGACAGCCUACUGGAGGACCUCAUCGCUGCCCACCUGGUGCUGCCCAACCGUGUGACUGUGCCCGUGAAGAAGGGGUUGGACGUGACCAAUCUGUGCUUCCCUCUGCCCUGCGGGGUGAUCAGAGUCCACUUGCUGGGGGCAGAGAAGCUAGCCCAGAAGGACAGCUUCCUGGGAUUCCGAGGCAAGUCAGACCCCUAUGCCAAGGUGAGCAUCGGCCUGCAGCACUUCCGGAGCAGGACCAUCUACGGGAACCUGAACCCUACUUGGAAUGAGCUGUUUGAGCUCAUAGUGUAUGAAGUGCCUGGGCAGGACCUGGAGGUGGAUCUAUAUGAUGAGGAUCCUGACAGGGACGACUUCCUGGGCAGCCUACAGAUCUGCCUCGGUGAUGUCAUGACCCACAGAGUUGUGGAUGAGUGGUUUGUCCUAAAUGACACAACCAGUGGGCGACUGCACCUGCGGCUGGAGUGGCUUGCACUGACCACUGACCGGGAAGUUCUGGCUGAGGACCCUGUUGGCCUCUCCACUGCCAUCCUUGUGGUCUUCCUGGAGAGCGCCUGCAAUCUGCCGAGAAGCCCUUUUGACUACCUGAAUGGUGAAUAUCGAGCCAAAAAACUCUCCAGGUUUGCCAAGAAUAAGGUCAGCAGAGACCCUUCUUCCUAUGUCAAGCUAUCCAUAGGCAAGAAGACACACGUGAGCAAGACAUGUCACCACAGCAAGGACCCUGUGUGGGGCCAAGUGUUUUCCUUCUUUGUGCACAAUGUGGCAGCUGAGCAGCUACAUCUGAAGGUGCUUGAUGACGACCAGGAGUAUGCUCUGGGAGUGCUGGAGUUCCCCCUGUGCCAGAUUCUCUCCUGUGCAGACCUCACCCUCGAACAGCACUUUCAGCUGGACCACUCGGGCCUGGACAGCCUCAUCUCCAUGAGGCUGGUGCUGCGGUUCCUGCACGUGGAGGAACGAGAGCUGGGGAGCCCAUACACAGGACCAGAAGCCCUAAAGAAAGGCCCUCUGUUUAUCAAGAAGGUGGCCACCAACCACGACGCCAAAGCCCUACCCCAGGGAGAGGGCACUGAAGAUAUGCCAUGUUCCCCAGAUCCUGCUUCUGACACCAAGGGGACCUCUGAGAGCACCACAACCACCACCAGUGCCACCACUGCUGUCACCGAGCCCACACCCCAAGAGACAGGCCCAAAGCCCAAAGGCAAGGACAGUGCCAAAGGGUUCUGUGAGCCCAUGAGAGAGAAGAAGAGUUCAGCUACCAUCUUCCUGACUGUCCCAGGCCCCCACUCUCCAGGGCCCAUGAAGUCACCUAGACCCAUGAAAUGCCCUGCCUCCCCGUUUGCAUGCCUGCCCACGGGGCUGGCUCCCAGCAUGUCCUCACUCAACUCCCUGGCCUCCUCCUGCUUUGACCUGACAGAUAUCAGCCUCAACACUGAAGGCGGGAAUCUGAGGCAACAGCAACUGGGUGAGAUUCGUCUCACAGUGCGCUACGUGUGUCUGCGGCGCUGCCUCAGUGUGCUAAUCAAUGGUUGCAGAAACCUGACACCCUAUACCAGCAGUGGAGCUGAUCCCUACGUCCGUGUGUACUUGUUGCCAGAAAGGAGGUGGGCAAGUCGUAAGAAGACCUCAGUGAAGCGGAAGACCCUGGAGCCCAUAUUUGAUGAGACAUUUGAAUUCUUUGUUCCCAUGGAAGAAGUAAAGAAAAGGUCACUAGAUGUUGCAGUGAAAAACAGUAGGCCACUUGGCUUACACAGAAGAAAGGAGCUAGGAAAAGUACUGAUUGACUUAUCAAAAGAAGAUUUGAUUAGGGGCUUUUCACAAUGGUACAAGCUGACUCCAGAUGGACAGCCUGGAAGUUGAUGAUGAGCACCACUGAGCACCACUAGCACCUUCAUUCCUUUGUAUUAAAAUGUGUAUAUAUUUUGUAAUUUAAAUUAGAACAGUCAUUUGAAAAUAUAUACAUAACAUCCCUGUGUGAAAUUUUACUCUUUUUCAGUGACUGGAUAGUACUAGGAAGAGGCAGACAUGUAAAUGCAAAAACUACUCUUUCUUGGUUGGAUUUUAUUGUUCAAAUUCAGAAAGAAAUGGGUUAUUUGCACCUAGUAAAAUCAUUAUCCUAAUAACCUCAGUGGUGAUUUUUUCACUUUUGAUACGUAAUUAUAGACCAUCUAAUUCAGGACUGACCUGUAUGUAGUAAAAGAGUACUGUCCCUGACAUUAGGGGAGAGGGGGUUCUAUUCUUAGAGGAGAUACCAGUAUUCCUGGGCAGUGACUGACCAAGGGAUGAAGCUUCUUUUAUGGGAGUAAAAAGUGACCCACUCCAAAACUGCCAAGAGCUAACACUGCCAAAGCCUGCUGGCUCCCACCUCUGGUGCUUCCAUGCCUGGAGAUUUGUUCCUGUAUCUGAUUUGGAACUAAAAUGUACUUUCCCUAUGGCAACAGUGCUAUAGAGGUACAAUUAAAUACCUCUUGUGUGGGAUGGCCUGGGACCAAACAGUAGCAUGUGGCAUUAUUUAUAUACAAAAAUGCAAGCUAAAUUCCAAACCCAGGUCUACAGCUAAACUCCCAUAGAAGAAAGCUGCAGACUGCUGAAGAGAGUCACCGCCAAAGAGGAAACAGCUUUCUGUCUCUCUCUUAGACAGGCUUAGGAAUUCCAUUCCACUUUUCCACGAGAUUGGCUGGUCCAUCUAAAUAACAUGUUAAAAGUAAAUUAUAUAAAUUACAUAUUUAAACAAGUACCUUUUUUGGAUUUCAAACUUUAUAAAACCAAACAUACUGCUUGUCCCCUCUGAUGUUCCUGAAGCCGUCAGGUCACACCCUCCUCUCUUAUCCACUUAGGCACAGCCCCCUGCCACCCUGUCCCACCACUGCCUUCACUGCUGCUUUUCUGAAGAAUGGCACCAUCCUAACGUAAAGUGUUUGUUCUGAUAUUCUUACAUAUAAAUUAUCUACAAUUUCCUGCUUUUUAUAAUAUCAAAGCCUACUUGUUAAUUUGCCUUUUAGACCUAACAUAAUCUGGUCUCCAAUUGUCUGCUACUUUAUUCAUGUGCAGACACUUCAUUCCAGAAUGGUUCAAAAACUAUACUCUGAGUCCCUGAUGGAGCGGGGGAAGGGUGGGAUGCAGAACUCAAAUUCUAGUAAAAAGACCAGACUUAAUGGUCUGACUGAGACUGGGGGAACCCCAGAAAGCAGGCCCCCGAACUC